UUGAUUUCAAACUCUCUCUCUCUCUCUCUCUCUCUCGAAAUGGCUCUACAUUUCGUCUUCCCUCAAACUCUCACCUCCCUCGAAGAAGACAACGACUCCGACUGCACACACCUCACUGUUCAAAAGCCAUUUCCUGUUUCCUCUCUCCCACCGCCGGAGCUUGAAGAAUUUGUCAAAGGUGUUUCCUUUGAUUUGUCAGACAAGGAGUUAUUCUGCGUGGAAGAGCAGGAGGUUUUCGACCGCGUCUAUUCCUUGGUGAAGGGUUUCGCCGCCCUCACCCCCGCUUGCAAGUUCAAUUUGGCGGAGGCGCUGAGGUCCAAUUUCAGUGUAUUAUUGCCGAAUGUCGACUCACUCUGCCGGCGUGCAUCACUUUCGCGGGAGGAGGGGAAUGAUGACGAUCAGUUGGCUGCUGAUAGAGUGGCUUCACAUCGCAAUGCGUUUAAGAUUUACUCUUUUUUCCUUGUGCAUAUUGUGCUUAUCGAGGAGUCCAGUUCGGGCUCGGCUAAUGUUGCAGCUAAAGGGUUGGUUUCUGGUAGAAAGAAACAGACUGUGAAUUUGUGGAAUUGGGAUGCUCAGAGAGGCCGAAUAAUGAAUUUAAUUGCAAACUCAUUGGAGAUCAACCUCUCUUUGCUCUUUGGUUCAUGCGAUCCUGAUGAGAAUUACUUAUCUUUUAUUGUAAAAAAUGCUUUCUCGAUGUUUGAGAACCCGUCACUGCUAAAAGAUUCUGAUGCAAAAGAUGCAUUGUGCCGUAUAAUUGGGACUUGUGCUACUAAGUACCACUACAUAACCCAAUCAUGUGCCUCCAUUAUGCACCUGAUUCAUAAAUACGAUUAUGUUGUCAUUCAUUUGGCUGAUGCCAUUGCCGGAGCUGAAAAGAAAUAUGCUGAUGGAAGCCUGGCAACUACCCUUAUCCGGGAGAUUGGGAGGUCAAAUCCAAAGGGCUAUGUUAAAGAUACUGUUGGGGCUGAAAAUAUUGGGCGGUUCCUUGUAGAGUUAGCUGAUCGAAUGCCAAAGCUGCUUUCUACUAACAUUGGCUUAUUGGUCCCUCAUUUUGGGGGAGAUUCUUACAAGAUAAGGAACGCACUUGUUGGGGUAUUGGGUAAGUUAGUUGCAAAGGCCUUUAGUGAUGUUGAAGGAGAGAUGAGUUCAAAAUCUAUACGUCUUAGAACAAAACAGGCUAUGCUGGAAAUCUUGUUGGAGCGGUGUCGUGAUGUUUCAGCUUAUACCAGGAGUCGAGUUCUUCAGGUCUGGUCUGAAUUAUGUGAGGAGCAUUCUGUGUCAAUUGGUUUGUGGAAUGAGCUUGCAGCAGUGGCUUCUGGAAGGUUAGUAGAUAAGAGUGCCAUAGUCAGGAAAUCAGCACUUAAUUUGCUUAUAAUGAUGCUGCAGCACAAUCCUUUUGGACCUCAACUCCGAGCUGCUUCUUUUGAGGCAACUUUAGAGCAAUACAAGAAGAAGUUAAAUGAGCUCUCACCAAACGACCCCCCUGAAAAUUCAGAUAACCUGGCAUCAGACAAUGAGACCUCUGGUGGAGAGAGUGGGGUUGAAAAUGAAGAACUGGAGAAGGACUUGAAGAAUCAGGAUAGUUUGACUGAUAGUUGCGUAGCUGAAGUGGCGGAUGGGACAGGGCAUGUGGAUAGUUCUGUACCUGAUGUUGGGAAUGUGGAGCAAACCAGAACAUUAAUUGCUUCACUGGAGGCUGGCUUGAGGUUCUCAAAAUGCAUGUCUUCUGUAAUGCCUACCCUCGUUCAAUUAAUGGCUUCAUCAUCUUCUAGUGAUGUCGAAAAUACUAUUCUUUUACUUAUGAGAUGUAGACAGUUUCAAAUUGAUGGAUCAGAAGACUGUCUUCGGAAGAUGCUGCCUUUGGUAUUUUCACAAGACAAAUCAAUUUAUGAGGCUGUUGAGAAUGCUUUCAUCACAAUAUAUAUAAGGAAGAAUCCAGUGGAAACUGCUAAGAAUCUUUUACAUCUUGCCAUAGAUUCAAAUAUUGGCGAUCUUGCAUCCUUGGAGUUCAUUCUUGGUGCUCUGGUAUCUAAAGGUGACAUAACUGCAAGCAUGUUAUCAGCACUUUGGGAUUUCUUUUGUUUCAAUAUUGAUGGAACUACUGCCCGGCAAUGUCGUGGUGCUUUGUCAGUGCUGUGUAUGGCUGCAAAAGCUUCACCCUCUAUUCUUAGCUCACACCUUCAGGACAUUGUUGACAUUGGAUUUGGUCGUUGGGCCAAAGUGGAACCACUGCUAGCUAGGACAGCAUGCUCUGCACUACAGAGGCUUUCUGAAGAAGAUAAGAAGUUAUUGUCUACUAAUGGAACUCGUGUAUUUGGUAUUCUAGAAUACUUAAUAUCUGGCUUUUCACUUCCAGAAAAUAUAUGGUAUGCUGCUGCUGAUACAGCAAUAAGUGCACUUUACAUUAUUCAUCCAACUCCUGAAUCUAUAGCUGCGGAUCUAGUAAAAAAGUCCCUCAAGUCUGUUUUCGAUUCUAGUGGAGGAAGUGAAUCACAAGCUGAUCUGGAUUCUGACAACCCCAAUGUCCUUACCUCUAUGCAAGUUGUAAAGCUCAGCCGAUAUCUGUUUGUUGUUAGUCAUGUUGCCAUGAACCAAUUGGUUUAUAUCGAAUCUUGUCUCCGGAAAGUUCAGAAAGCAAAAGCCAAGAAAGAGAAAAUGGAUGCUGAGAACAAAAAUCUUGAUGUCAGUACCGAAUCUGAUGUACAGAAGGAUGAUGGGAUCAACUCCGAAUUAGGCCUUGCAGCUUCUGAGGAUGCAAUGCUUGAUAGCCUUGCGGAAAGAGCAGAGAAGGAAAUCAUUUCUGGUGGCAAUGCUGGAAAGAACUUGAUUGGGCACUGUGCACCUUUUUUGACUAAAUUAUGCAGAAACUUUAGUUUAAUGCAGAAGUACCCUGCACUGCAGGCAUCUGGAAUGCUCGCUUUAUGCCGUUUAAUGAUAAUUGAUGCUGAAUUCUGCGAGUCAAAUCUACAACUUCUUUUCACUGUUGUGGAGAAUGCACCAUCAGAAGUUGUCCGUUCAAAUUGCACCAUAGCACUUGGUGAUCUAGCAGUUCGGUUUCCUAACCUAUUAGAGCCAUGGACGGAAAAUAUGUAUGCGCGUCUUCGCGAUCCAUCAGUCUCCGUCAGAAAGAAUGCGGUGUUGGUUCUUUCUCACCUUAUAUUAAAUGACAUGAUGAAGGUGAAAGGCUACAUAUAUGAAAUGGCCAUGAGAUUGGAAGAUGAAGAUGGUAGAAUUGGAAACUUAGUCAAACUAUUUUUUCAUGAGCUAUCCAAGAAAGGAAGCAACCCUGUAUAUAAUCUACUUCCAGAUAUCCUGGGAAAGUUGUCCUCCCAGAACUUGAAUGGAGAGUCUUUUGGCAAUAUUAUGCAAUUUUUAAUUGGCUCCAUCAAGAAGGAUAAACAAAUGGAAUCUCUUGUUGAAAAGCUCUGCAAUAGGUUCACUGGUGUCUCUGAUGUCAAGCAGUGGGAAUGCAUUUCAUAUUGCCUUUCUCAGCUUGCAUUUACUGAGAAGAGCAUGAAGAAGCUCAUGGAGUCUUUUAAAACAUACGAACAUGUCUUAUCUGAGGACAUUGUGAUGGAGCAUUUCAGAAAUAUAAUUAAUAAGGGGAAGAAAUUUGCCAAACCUGAGCAGAAGGCAAUCAUUGAAGAGUUCGAGGAAAAGAUUGAUAAAUACCAUAAUGAAAAGAAGGAACAGGUUAUCACUGAAAAGAAUGCACAAGUUCAUCAACAAAAGGUUAGUAACAUAGAAAGCUAUGUUGCAAACCAGAAGGAAGCAGAGGAAAGUGGAGAAUCUGAAAUCACUGAAGAUGAAGUAGAAACCAGCAAUUCUGAGGAGGCUGAAGUUUUGCAUUCAAAAUCAAAACCAACCAGAUCAAGAAUGCGCUCAGAAGCUUCUAGCGAGAUGACAGAGUUGGAAUUGGAAGAUGAUGAAGUCCAAUCGCCUUUUAUUCCUCUAAGAGGUGCUUCUAAAUCCACAAUAAAGAAAAGCAGUAUCAAAUCUGAAAAUAUUUAUACUGAAACCUCCGCUAAAAGAAACACAAGGUCAAAACGAAGGUAAGCAGAGCUGUGUAGGGAGACAAUGCUUCAGAUGAUUCUGGACAAGUUUCAUGUUACAAGAGUUGUAGACUAAGAUAUUGUGAAUGUGUAGUAUGUCGUGUGUAUUCUCCUUGUCUGAAAUCUCACCUUUUCAGCAAGCUUUUCUUAUGUAUGGGCAUAGCAGUAUAGGUAUUGGCGCCAUUUCACAUCUUGUCAAUGAAAACACCACAUUAAUCUCAAAUGUGGUAUUACUAAAUUUCGUGUAUUCUUUUGCCAAUUGUUUUUUGCGGCAACCUUUGAAGGUCUUGAAUCUCCUACUAUUGUCUUCAA